GGGGUGGCGGCGGCCGAGCGGGGACCUGAGCGCGCCCGCACCGCGCUGCAGCUGCCGCUCCCGCCGCCCACCCAGCCUGCGUGCAGCCGCGGUCAUGGGUCCCGUCGCGGCGCCGGGCCCCUGAACCCCGGGACGCGAGCGCCGGAGGCGGCCGGCGGGCCGGCGCGGCACCCAGACGCCGACUGAAGGUGAGCGCUGUGGGCUAUGGGAUGGAUGAGGUGGAGCAGGACCAGCAUGAGGCCCGACUCAAGGAGCUGUUUGACAGUUUUGACACAACGGGCACUGGGUCCCUGGGACAGGAGGAACUCACUGACCUCUGCCACAUGUUGAGUUUGGAGGAGGUGGCACCAGUGCUGCAAGAGACACUGCUUCAGGACAACCUGUUGGGCAGGGUGCACUUUGACCAAUUUAAAGAAGCAUUAAUACUUAUCUUAUCUAGAACUCUGUCAAAUGAAGAACACUUUCAAGAACCAGACUGUUCCCUGGAAGCUCAGCCCAAAUAUGUCCGAGGUGGGAAGCGUUACGGCCGUAGGUCUUUACCUGAGUUUCAAGAGUCCGUGGACGAGUUUGCUGAGGUGACAGUCAUUGAGCCACUCGAUGAAGAAGCGCAGCCUUCGCACAUCCCCGCCGGUGACCACAGUGAGCACUGGAAGACUCAACGCAGUGAGGAGUAUGAAGCUGAAGGCCAAUUAAGAUUUUGGAACCCAGAUGACUUGAAUGCCUCACAGAGUGGGUCUUCCCCUUCCCAAGACUGGAUUGAAGAGAAGCUACAGGAAGUUUGUGAAGAUUUGGGCAUCACCCGGGAUGGUCACUUGAACCGAAAGAAGCUGGUCUCUAUCUGUGAGCAGUAUGGAUUGCAGAAUAUUGAUGGCGAGAUGCUCGAAGAAGUCUUUAAUAAUCUUAAUCCUGAUGGUACAAUGAGUGUAGAAGAUUUUUUUUAUGGUCUGUUUAAAAAUGGGAAAUCCCUUACACCGUCAGCAUCUACUCCUUAUAGACAAUUGAAAAGGCACCUCUCCAUGCAGUCUUUUGAUGAGAGUGGGAGACGUACAACAACCCCACUGGCGAUGACGAGUAACUUUGGCUUUCGGGUCUUCUCUUGCCUGGAUGAUGGCAUGGGCUGUGCAUCAGUGGAGAGAAUCCUGGACACCUGGCAGGAAGAGGGCAUUGAGAAUAGCCAGGAGAUCCUGAAGGCCUUGGAUUUCAGCCUCGAUGGAAAUGUCAACUUGACAGAAUUAACUCUGGCUCUUGAAAAUGAGCUUUUGGUUACCAAGAACAGCAUCCACCAGGCAGCUCUAGCCAGCUUUAAGGCUGAGAUCAGGCAUUUGCUGGAGCGAGUUGAUCAAAUGGUCAGAGAAAAAGAGAAGCUACGGUCAGAUCUAGACAAGGCUGAGAAACUCAAAUCUCUAAUGGCAUCAGAGGUGGAUGAUCAUCACGCAGCCAUCGAGCGUCGGAAUGAAUACAACCUCAGGAAACUAGAUGAGGAGUACAAAGAACGCAUAGCAGCCUUAAAGAAUGAACUCAAAAAAGAGAGAGAGCAGAUCCUGCAACAGGUGGGCAAGCAGCGUGUAGAACUUGAGCAGGAAAUUGAAAAGGCCAAAACAGAAGAGAACUAUGUCCGGGACCGCCUGGCCCUCUCUUUAAAGGAAAACACCCGCCUAGAAAAUGAGCUUCUGGAAAAUGCAGAGAAAUUGGCAGAGUAUGAAAAUCUGACAAAUAAACUUCAGCGAAAUCUGGAAAAUGUAUUAGCAGAAAAGUUUGGUGACCUUGAUCCCAGCAGUGCUGAAUUCUUUCUGCAAGAAGAGAGGCUGACACAGAUGAGAAAUGAAUAUGAGCAACAGUGCAGGGUAUUACAAGAUCAAGUAGAUGAACUCCAGUCUGAGCUGGAAGAAUAUCGUACACAAGGCAAAAUGUUCAGACUUCCCUUGAAGAACUCUUUGUCAGAAGAACUUGAUAUUAACAGUGGUUGCCUUGAGCCUGACCAAGGCCUUGGUUCUGAAGAAUGCAACCCUGUGACGAUGAGCAUUGAGGCGGAGCUGGUCAUCGAACAGAUGAAGGAGCAGCACCACAGGGACUUAUGUCGUCUAAGACUAGAGCUUGAAGACAAAGUACACCACUAUGAGAAGCAGCUAGAGGAAGCCAAGGUGCGCUGUGAAGAAAAGCAGGAGAACAUGAAGCAAAAGUAUGAGAGCGAAGCACACACAUUGGAAAAGCAAAUAAGUGACCUUAAAAAUGAAAUUUCAGAACUUCAGGGGCAGGCAGCAAUGCUCAGGGAGGCAGAACAUUUGACAGCUUGCAGGCAUGAGGCAGAGAAAAAAGAACUGCAGGUGAAGUGUGAGGAGGAGAAGACACACCUGCAGGAGACACUGAGGCUGCAACACGAGCAGGAGCUCCAGGCCCGACUGGAGCAGGCAGAGGACAAAUUUAACAGAGAGAGGGAUGGACUUCUUCAAAACGGCACUUGGACGGCAGAGAAGGUGAGGGACUUGACUCAGGAACUAGAGCAGCAGCAUCAGCAGCAGCUGAAAAGCCUGGCAGAGAAGCACGCUCAUGAGAAAGAGGAGUUGCGGAAAGAGCUUUCGGAGAAACACCAAAGGGAACUUCAGGAGAGAAGGGAAAAAAUGGAAACUGAGUGUACUAGAAGAACCUGUGAGCUAGAAGCCCAGUUUCAGGCUGAUUGUCAGAAAGUCACUGAGCAGUGCGAGAGUGCUCUGCACAGCCUGGAGGGCCACUACCGCCAGGAGCUGAAGGACCUACAGGAGCAACAGCAGGAGGAGAGAGCACAGUGGGAGUUUGAGAAGGAUGAGCUCACCCAGGAAUGUGCAGAAGCCCAGGAACGGCUUAAAGAGACUCUCCAAAGGGAGAAAACCACAUCUCUGGUCCUGACCCAGGAGAAAGAGAUGCUUGAGAAAACAUACAAAGAACAUUUGAAUAGCUUGGUGGCUGAGAGACAGCAGCUACUCAGAGACCUGCAAGAGCUGAGAAACGUGUCUGAAAGUCAGCAGAGCCUGCUCUCCAGCCCGAUCUUUGAGCUGAAGAGUAGCCCUCCAAGAGAGCUGAGGGACCACGGGCAGUGUCAGGCAGGUAUCUGUAAGCAGCCGGCCCUCCAGCACCUGGAAAUGGAAAGGCUGGAAUUGGAGCAUGAUCAGGAGAGGCAGGGAAUGAUGACCAAACUGCUGGCCAUGGAGAGCAUCCACAGGAAGGCACGGGAGAAAGCAGAGCUAGAGAAGGCUGAGUUGAGCACAGAAAUCUCCAGGCUUCAGGAUCAGAUUAAGGAACUACAGCAGGCAGCUUCUCCCCUAUCCCCACUUCAUAGUGGCUGCCAGCCCAUAGGAGGAGAGGAGGUGGAUGGAGGUGGAACUAUGUCCCUGCUGGAGCAAGGAGAGCAACUGCUGGAAGAGAAUGGGGACGUCCUCUUAAGCUUGCAGAGAGCUCAUGAACAGGCUGUGAAAGAAAAUGUGAAAAUGGCUGCUGAAAUUUCUAGACUGCAGCAGAGGCUGCAAAAAUUAGAGCCUGGGUCAGUUAUGUUGUCUUGCUUAGAUGAGCCAAUAAAUGGGUUAUUUGGAAAUUCCAUGGAGCAAACAGAGCCUUUGAUACGGCAUAAUAGAAUGAAGCAAAUUGGUGUGACUGCAUCACAUGUCCUAAGUGAGCUACAGGAUGAUGAGGUGCAGGAUGUAGGGAGCACGGGGACAAGCUCCAUCCAGAGACAGGGGGUCAAAGUAGAAGAAUUUGAGGCAUCAAUGGAGAGUUUUUCUGAGCUUGAAAACAGUGAAGAGACCAGAACUGAGACCUGGGACCUCAAAAAUCAGGUUUGUCAACUUCAAGAACAGUUGAUGCUCUUGCGUGCAGAUUGUGAUCGAGCUUCUGAAAAGAAACAAGACCUGCUUUUUGAUGUUUCUGUGCUGAAACGGAAACUGAAGGUUCUUGAGCGAAUCCCUGAGACUUGUUCCAGGUACAAAUUGCUCUAUGAAGAUGCGAACAGAGAAAAUGACUGUCUUCAGGAAGAGCUGCGAGAGAUCGAAACACGCUACGAUGAAACGCUAGAAAACAACAAAGAACUCACGUCAGAAGUUUUCAGGUUGCAGGAUGAACUGAAGAAAGUGGAAGAAGUGGCGGAGACAUUCCUUAGCCUAGAAAAGAGUUAUGACGAGGUCAGAAAUGAAAAUGAGGAGCUGCACGUUUUAGUUUCGAGACUUCAGCGUAAGAUUGAGAAGCUACAGGAGCAAGCAGGACCCAGAGGGGAUUGUCACUCCCUAUCGGCAGCCAGUUCAGAUGACCUGGAAGUCCAGCCUGAUGGCCAGGUACUUAAACUCAGUCAUACACUAGAAGAGUGUGUGCCAGAGGUUCACCAUAUGAUAGAAGAACAUUUUCAGGAAAACCAGUUUUUGGAGCAGGAGAAUACACAACUCCUGGAAAAAGGAAAAGCUUAUGAAACUGCAAGGCUGCACAGGGCAAUCCCGAGCCUUCAAGAAAAGCCUGGAGUACAGAACCAAAGUAUGCUAGAGGAAUACCCUGUUCUCCUCCACUUUCAAGACAAACAUUUCCAGCGUCAGGCCAUGCUGGCAGAGUUAGAAGUGGAGAAAAAAAAACUCCAAGAGCUAACUAGGAUGCUGAGGGAGAGAGUUACUACUUUAGUGAAGCAAAGAGAUGUCCCUUCUCAAGGAGAAAAGGAGGAAGAAUUGAAGGCAAUGAUGCACGACUUGCAAAUCACAUGCAGUGAGAUGCAGCAAAAGGUGGAACUUCUGAGAUAUGAAUCUGAGAAGCUUCAAGAAGAAAAUUCUAUUUUGAGAAAUGAAAUUACUACUUUAAAUGAAGAAGAUAGCAAUUCUAACUUGAAAUUAGGGACAGUAGAUGAAUCUCAGGAACAAAUGUGGCAGAAGAUAGAAACUAUAAAACAGGAAAAAAAUGCAGUCCAGAAGAUGGCAGAAGUUUUAAAGAAACAGAUUUCAGAAUUAAAAACCAGGAACCAACAGUUGGAUUUGGAAAAUACAGAGCUUAACCAAAAGAACUCUCAGAAUCAGAAAGAGUUGCAAGAACUUAACCAGCGUCUGGAGGAAAUGCAAUGCCAGAAGGCAGAUGAGCCUGAACACUGUCCAUUGGUGGAAUGGGAACAAGAGAAGUCUCAGCUGGAAAAACUAGAGCACUGUCGGGUGCAGUCCUCCACCUUAGUGUCUUCUCUGGAGGCAGAACUUUCUAAAGUUAAAAUGCAGAUCCAUCUCGUGGAACAGGAAAACCUCCUUCUUAAAGAUGAACUGGAGAAAAUGAAACAACCUCACAGAUGUCCUGAUCUCUCGGACUUCCAGCAAAAAAUUUCUACUGUUCUAAGCUACAAUAAACAGCUGCUGAAAGAAAAGGAGGCUCUGAGUGAAGAAUUAAACAGCUAUGCUGAUGAGUUGGCAAAAUCAAGACUUUUAGAGCACAGGAUUACUGCUCUGAAGCAGGAACAGAAGUCUUGGGAACAUCAGAAUGAAAACUUGAAGACACAGCUGGUGGCAUCACAGGAAAAGGUUCAGAGUCUAGAAGACACUCUGCAGAACAUAAACCUGCAAAUGUCCCGUAUUAAAUCUGAUCUUCGAGUGACUCAGCAAGAAAAUGAGGCUUUAAAACAAGAAUUGGUGUCUUUACAUAAGCAACUUCAGAAUGCUGAUGACAAGAACUGGGCCCCAGAAAUAGCUACCCAUCCAUCAGAGUUCCAUAAUCAGCAGCAAAGACCAUCUUGGGACAAGUUGGAUCAUCUGAUAAAUGAGGAACAACAGCUGCUUUGGCAAGAGAAUGACAAACUCCAAACAGUAGUGCAGAACACCAGAGAAGAACUUACACACUCCCGGGAGAAGAUCCGUCAACUGGAAUCCAGCCUUCUUCUCCCUAAACACCCAAAACAUCUAAAUCCAUCAAGUACUGUGAAACCCACAGAUCAAGAGAAGCUAAGCUUAAAGAGAGAGUGUGAGCAGUUUCAGAAGGAAGGAGCUGCUAAUAGGAAGGCCAGCCAGAUGAAUUCCCUUGAACAAGAAUUAGAAACAAUUCACUUAGAAAAUGAAGUCCUGAAAAAGAAACAAGUAAAACUGGAUGAGCAGCUAAUGGAGAUGCAGCUCCUGAAGUCCACUGUGAUGCUUAGCCCAUCCCCUCAUACUUGGGAUCUGCCCCUACUCCAGCAGCAAGCCUGUCCGAUGGUGCCCAGGGAGCAGUUUCUGCAGCUCCAACAUCAGCUGUUGCAGGCAGAAAGGAUAAAUCAGUGCCUGCAAGAGGAACUUGACAACAGAACCUCCGAAACCAACACACCACAGGAAAACCAGGAACAAUUGGUAACUGCCAUGGAGGAAAGAAUGAUAGAAGUUGAACAGAAAUUGAAACUGGUGAAGAGGCUUCUUCAGGAGAAAGUGAACCAGCUCAAAGAACAACUUUGCAAGAAUACUAAAGCAGACGCAAUGGUGAAGGAUUUAUAUGUUGAAAAUGCCCAGUUGUUGAAAGCUCUGGAAAUGACUGAACAGCGACAGAAAACUGCAGAGAAGAAAAAUUACCUCCUAGAAGAGAAGAUUGCUAACCUCAGUAAUAUUGUCAGGAAUCUGACACCAGCACCACUAACUUCUACACCUCCUCUGAGGUCAUAGUGAAGCCAAAGGAUACUUUCUUAUUUAUGCACUUUACUGAAGUGUAUGGUACAUUUCAGUAGGUUCUCUUAACCUUUAAGAUAUAUAUAUG